ACGUUCUAGCCACCCCCCCCUCCCGGCGCGAUUUGGGGCCCUCUGCGACGUGGAACGUCCGUGUUACAGUCACUGCUACACAAGUUCUAAAUUAGCCAAAUCGGAUUUUUUUCGCACUUAAUACACACAACUGUGUGUCGUAACAUUCAGACAUCUCUUACUUGCGUGGUAGCGAUUGAACCUGCUACACCGAUGUAGUUUAAGCUCAAGUGUGGCACUCGUGAAGAAAAGUUUGCCUCGCGUGGUUUUGUUUUGUUUUGUUUUGUUUUGAAACAUUCCAUCGUAGGAUCGUUCUAAAACAUUUCAAAGAAACAGGAAAGAGAAAGUGAAGCUUCUGGGGUGUGAAACAACAUGCCGAUAAGGCGUUUCGGCGGUCAUAAGUCUGUGGUGAAACGCUGUGAAACGCCCAAGCUCUCGUAUGGUUUCUCCAACAUGAACGUGUCAAGAAGUGGAUACCGUGUUUUUUCCGCCAACUCCAGCGGCGCCUGUUCCGAGUUAGCCAAGAAAAUAACAGAACGCUUGGGUGUAGAGUUGGGCAAGUCGGUGGUCUACCAAGAAGGAAACGCAGAGACCCGGGUGGAUGUGAAGGAGUCGGUGCGGGGACAAGACAUCUUCAUUAUUCAGACCAUUCCCAGAGACGUCAACACGGCCAUCAUGGAGCUGCUGAUCACGGCGUACGCCCUGAAAACGUCCUGCGCCAAGAACAUCAUCGGGGUCAUCCCUUACUUCCCUUACAGCAAGCAGUGCAAGAUGAGGAAGAGGGGCUCCAUCGUUUGCAAGCUACUCGCCGCCAUGUUGGCCAAGGCCGGACUGACGCACAUCAUCACCAUGGACCUUCAUCAGAAGGAAAUUCAGGGUUUCUUCAGCUUCCCUGUUGACAACUUGAGAGCUUCGCCCUUCCUCAUCCAGUACAUCCAAGAAGAGAUCCCAAACUACAGGAACGCUGUCAUUGUGGCAAAAUCCCCGUCGGCUGCCAAGAGGGCUCAGUCCUACGCCGAGAGGCUGCGGCUCGAUUUGGCCGUCCUGCACGGCGUCGCUCCCAAUCUGGAGUCCAACAUGGGCGACGGGCCGUGCUCGCCGCCGCCUGCUCGCUCCAGCGCGGGACACACUGGCUUGGAGCUGCCUUUGAUGAUGGCUAAGGAGAAGCCACCCAUUACUGUCGUCGGAGACGUGGGAGGAAGAAUCGCCAUCAUUGUUGAUGACAUCAUCGACGACGCGGAGGAGUUUGUGGCCGCCGCAGAGAUCCUGAAGGAGCGAGGCGCUUACAAGAUCUUCAUCAUGGCCACGCACGGCCUGCUGUCUGCCGAGGCACCCAGACUCAUUGAAGAAUCUGCCAUUGAUGAGGUAGUGGUUACCAACACAGUGCCCCACGAAGUGCAGAAGCUGCAGUGCCCAAAGAUCAAGACGGUGGACGUGAGCAUGAUCCUGGCCGAAGCUAUCCGCCGCAUCCACAACGGGGAGUCCAUGGCCUACCUGUUCCGCAACAUCGCCCUGGACGACUGAGGCGACGGACAACUGACGACAUUCGGUCACCAAGUACGUGUCCCGUGCCAAAUAGUGGGAACAGGACUUGAUGAAUGUUUGCUUUUAGGUAGAUACACUAUUGCAUGGGGAUUCUCACCAUUUGGUUAAUAAAGACAUUCCGCUUGUA